AUCUUCUCUUCCUCUGUUCUACCAACAAAAUUUCAGUUCUAAUUUCAGUGCUUUUUUUUUCACUCUCUUUUUCUCAAAACCCAUGACUACUACUACUAUUACUACUACCUCUACCUUCUUCCUCUCAUCGCCACCAUUACCAUUACCAUUACCACGUUUCUCUACAAGUUCCCAACCCUUAUUACCAUUACCAACUCGCUCCUUCCCCUUCACACUCAAAUCUAUCUCUAACACUUCUCUUAUCGCCCAACCUCCCUCUAGGUCUAAAAACAACCCGUUCUUAACCCGCGCCGACGACGGCGAUGGCGACGGCGAAGGCGCCGGCCCCGACGACUACGAAAUGGACGAGGACGAAUUGGAAGAGGUCGACAACAAGAAGGACUUCGACAUCGAGUACGAGCCGUUGACUGCGGCCGCCGCCGCUUCAGCUGCCGGCGGCGACGAGGACAUUGCGAUGGUGCCGAGCAAUAGCUUCGUGUCCACGCAGGGUUGGGACUCCGAGACGGUCGUGGAUUACAGAAUCAACGAAGAGGAGUUUCACAAGAUUAGCUUGUUAGAUUGCGAUUUCUUCAUAAGGAAGCCACCUGACCCUGACAAUGAUGUCUAUGAUUUCAGGGAGAUGUAUGUUACUCCUCCAGAUACAGAUGUUUAUUCGAUCCCCAAGAUUCUCGCUCCAAUGCCUCAAAAGUACAUUAGAUGUGCGCAAAGUGAUUAUGGAUGCUACAAUGUGACAGAGCCACCUAUUGAUGCACCUAGAGAUCCUCUAUAUAAAACAGAGAGGGAGAUCCAGAAGGCAUACUUGACAAAACACUACAAAAAUCGGAGGCUGGGUGACCCUGAGUUUGUGCUAGAUUUUGAGGAGAUUUAUGUUAUUGAUUCCAAAACUAAGUCAAUUACCAGAGCCAAAGUUCUGGUCACAGCUGGAGCUGGAGGGAGAAAAAGAGAUAGAAAGAGCGACUUGCUUGUUAUAUCUGAUAAUGGGAACUCCUUCAAAAUAAUACAUGCGAGUGAACAAGAUGAUCCGACAACUAUCAUAGAAAGGGAGGAGUGGAAAACUACUAGACAAGACAUGGAGAGGCACCUUAGAAAGCUAAGAGACUUCAGCAUUUCAAAUUGGUUUUGAUUUAUGAUUACGUAUUCAAAGACUGCCCCAUGGGUAUGCACAACAUGAUGGGGAGGUCCAGCGUGGGCACUCGUAUACAGGCAAUUUGACUUAACCUGCCAUUUUUGAAAUUGUGUGCAAGUUGCCUGAUCUUGUGUAUAUUCUGUUGUUGUAACUUGUUAGAGAUGCGGCUGUUGGAAUUCAGUGAUCUAUAAGAGUGAUCUGCCAAUAUACUGUUGUGACCUACAGUUGAAUGUUCUCUCUAUUUGGAUAUAUGCCUUGGAUCUUGGGUCAACCUCUGAUCAAACCUAUUUGUGAGGGGAGAAUAUGAUGUUUUUGUUUCUUCACUGAUGUAUUUAUCUGCUAAUGAGCACAUGUAAUCACAGUUCGAACUUCAACAAAUUGAUUCUAAGGCUGUCCUUGUUAGAUGGGGUGAAGGUGGAUGAUAGAGAAGGAAAUGAAAAUGAGAUAGAAAGUUGUUCUUUUAUUU